AUGUUGAAAUGGAUUAAUUUAGAGAAUGGUUUAAAAAGCUGUUCUACUAUUGACUUCUUGGCCCAGUCACAAAUUGAACAAGAAAGGGGUCAUAGAGAGAAAUUAACAUCUGACUCAGAUUCAAGUGAGACAAGCAGCAACUUUAUAGAUUUAGUAAAGUUAAUAGCCCGAUUUGAUCCCGUGAUGAGACUUCACCUAAAACAAGUAAAGCAUAAGACGAUUAAUGACCACUAUAUAGGAAAAAAUACUCAAAACGAGCUCAUACAAUUAAUGGCAAGUCACGUGAAGACCCAAAUUGUUGAAAAAAUAAUAAAUAAUAAAUAUUACUCGAUUAUGCUUGAUUGUACUCGCGACGUUUCUCGUGUUGAGCAACUUUCAAUUAUUAUAAGAUUUUUUAAUACAAAUACAGCUGAAAUUGAAGAACAUUUUAUUGGUUUCUUAGCUGUCGAAAAAACCACAGCUGAAAGUUUGAUUAAUUACAUAAUCACAGAAUUAGAACAGAGUUAG